AUGCAUGAGGCCAACAGCUCCAGCCUGACACCAAGAUACCUUAUCCUCAACGGGAUCCCUGGGUUAGAAACUGCACACGUCUGGAUCUCCCUGCCAUUCUGUUUCAUGUACAUCAUUGCUCUCACGGGUAACUGUGGGCUUAUUUACCUCAUCAUCCAUGAGAAGGCCCUGCACCGGCCCAUGUACUACUUUCUCAUCAUGCUGUCUGUUACAGAUAUCACUGGUUGUAAUUCAAUACUCCCUAGUAUUGUGUGCAUCUUUUGGUUCAAUAUCAAGGAGAUCGAUUUCAAUGCUUGCCUUGUGCAGAUGUUUUUCAUUCACAUGCUGGCAGGCACGGAGUCCGGUGUGCUGAUGCUAAUGGCUCUGGACCGCUUUGUGGCUAUCUGCUACCCCUUACGAUAUUCCACCAUCCUCACCAACACUGCAAUCAUCAAGGCUGGCUUGGCCACUCUAAUAAGAAAUGUGAUAAUUGCCAUUCCAUUUAUUUUCCUGAUCAAGCGUCUUCCUUACUGUAGAGGUACUCUCCUCCAUCACACCUAUUGUGAGCAUAUGUCUCUGGCCAAAUUAUCCUGUGGCAAUAUUAAGAUAAAUGCUGUCUAUGGUCUCUUAGCUGCUGGCGUGGUUGGGGGCUGUGACAUAUUGUGUAUCUCCUUGUCUUACACCAUGAUCAUCCAUGCUGUAGUGAAGCUGUCUUCUGCAGAUGCCCGCCAGAAAGCUUUCAGCACUUGCAUAUCACAUAUCAGUGCUAUUAUGAUCACCUACGUCCCAGCCUUCUUCAACUUCUUCACUCAUCGCUUUGGGGAACACACUAUACCCCACCAUGUCCACAUAAUUAUAGCCAACCUGUACCUGUUGUUGCCACCCACCUUGAAUCCAAUUGUCUAUGGGGUAAAAACCAAGCAGAUCCGCGAAGGAGUGAUCAAAUUGUUUUCUAGAGAAAAAGAUGUUUUGAUUGAGAGAUAA